AUGGAAUCGUGGCACUUUCUGUUGGUGCCGGAGUCUACCAGCUGGUAUUAUAUGGUAAACCUCUACAGGGACCUGGGUUUUACUGGUGGGAUUGCGAUCAUUCUUAGUGUGACAUAUGACUGUUGCCACAGCCGGAACUUUGUUGUGGCCAUAAUCAUGGAUUGUGUUGGUCAUAUUUGGCUGCUAGCAAUUGGCCUUUCCAGCUGUAUGAUCUCCCUCUCCCUGAAAGCACAAUGGAAGCUUGCCCAGUUUCAGACCAUACACCUCACACGAGGAAUGCUCUUGUACUUCAUCUGCUUCUACGCUUGCGGAAUUGAUGCCACGUCAUAUGUCUAUUGCAGGGGAAUGCGCAAAGCGCGUGAUAAGGCGAAAGCGCGGGAACAAAGGCGCUAUAAAUGCGCGAAGCGCGGGAAAGUCGCGCGUCGAAAAGCGGAACUGGGUGAAAGCGAUAUGGCCACUAGAGCUAACUGCUACUAG